UUCUUCGUUGUCUGUUGAGCGCAGCGGUCGCUAUCGUUUCGCUCGUUUCUGCUCGUUGUUCGUCGUCAGCGGCGCUGCGCAUGCGAAAGAAAAGCGCGUAAUAAGCAACGGACAGAAAGUGCAAGUAAAAAAGUGCGGCAAAAGAAAGAAUCGAAACAUUAACCAAAAUAAACAAGAAUUAUGGCCAACUAAGCAACCUCGAGCUCAACAAACUGCCGUGUGUAAAAGUAGAAACGCAAAUGAAAGCAAUGCAAGUGCAGAUAUUAAAGACAAAUUAAAGAAAUUUUUUGUGCGUCGCCAGCAAUAUUUGUCCAAAUAUUUUGGACUCCUCACUUGCGCAAUUUCCCAUUUUCCAUUGCCGCCCCUAAGCAAAUAACCAAAUCAUUUUGUUUACCUUACAUUAUCGAUGUUCGGCAUUUAUUUACGCAACUCGGACGCUUAUCACUAACCUGGAAAAAGGCGCACUCGUAAUACCUUGUUAAAAUACCCACCGAUACACCGAUACAAAACCAAAGCAUACCGAAAUUCCAGCACUCAGCAGCUAAUCCCAGUUCCGUUCCGUUUGUCCAUUAGCAUAUGCCCAAAAUCGCGCAUUGCCUUAUUUAUUGCCGAGUCGCGCAUUUCAAAUAUUUGAAUAUUUGGACCUGAAGUGAUAACAAAAAUGCCCACACACUGUGUUGGCAAGGUGCAGUAGAGCCACGCCCACGUACGCCCAAAAAUGAGCAGCCUGCGACCUGCGAGUGUCUGCGAUACGACGCCGCUGCAACGCUUCGAGAGUCAGAGCAGCUCCAGCGAGGAACCAUCCUCGCCGACGGCAGCGAGCAUCAUUGCAGCAGCAGCAGCAGUCGCCGCGGCGAAUUCAAUUCCCCCACAACACCCACAACAUCCACAACACCCACAACAUCCACACCAACAGCAUCAGCAUUACAACAACAACAACAUUAACAACAAUGUUAAAGUCGACUUGCAGCUGCCGCCAUUUGCGGCUGGAGUUGGAGCACUUGUCCCCAAGAGAACAGCUCGCGGCACAGCUCACAUCUUUGGACGCAUCUUUGUGGAUCUGAUUCUGCUCAGCUGCGUUGGUUUGACCAUGCUCGGUUUCUCGCUUUGGGGUGAGCCAAACAAGCAGGGAUUCUUCUGCAGCGAUCUCUCGCUGAAGCAUCCGUAUAAGGACUCAACCAUACGCAGCUGGAUGUUGUAUCUGAUGUGUGCAGCGCUGCCCGUAUCCCUGAUCUUGCUGGUGGAGUUCUACAGAUCGCAGGAUAAGCACAAUCAGAAGCAUUCCCAUGGUCAUUAUCACAGUCAGCAGGAGGGCAGCGGUUACUAUCUGUGCCACAUGGAGUUGCCCCAUUGGCUGCUGGAAUGUUAUCGUAGGAUUGGCUACUUUGUGUUCGGUUUGGGCAUCGAACAGUUAACCACGGAUAUAGCCAAGUACGCUGUUGGCCGACUGCGACCGCACUUUAUGACUCUCUGUCAACCCGUGCUUCUGGACGGCACAACUUGUCGGGAUGAAGUCAAUGUGGGUCGCUAUAUCGAGGACUUUAGCUGCUCGGCGAUCAAUGUAAGCUCCAAGAUGCUUAAGGAUAUGCGAUUGUCCUUUCCCAGUGGACAUGCCAGCUUCGCUUGCUACUCGAUGAUUUAUCUGGUGAUCUAUUUGCAGCGUCGGAUGCACUGGCCACGCCUUAAAAUGUUCCGCCACUUGCUGCAGUUCCUCCUGCUCAUGUUCGCCUGGUACACGGCUUUAAGCCGCAUCUCGGACUACAAGCAUCAUUGGUCGGAUGUGUUGGCCGGUUCAGCAAUUGGAUUCACUUACGCGGUUGUGGUGACAAUUUGGUAGCUUGAUCCAAAAGGGUUUCUCCGCAAUCGCAACUUCAAAAACGCUUCAAUUCCCACCGCUUCGUUCUCCGCUUUAAAUUUCCUGUGCAUGAAGUUUCAGUUUUUAAUUUAUUGUUAGUUUCUACCUGUACGACUAUCUACUUAUCUAUGAAUGUAUUCAUACAUUUUUAACUUUAUAUAUACAUACAUAUAUAUAUAUAUAUACGUUACGUUCUAUGUCUUGUGCUUUACUUUAGUUAUUUUUAAAUAAACUUUUUAUAGUGAAUCUU